UUCUUUUUUUUUUUUUUUACUAUGAGAUUCAUGUCAGAAAAGAAAUGAUAUGCAGUAACAAAAAGCAAGGACCUUUUAUGUAACGAAUUCAAGCAUCAAUUUUCAAUUUUGCGUGACGUGAAAACCGAAUUCGAUUUCCUUUUCGCUUGUACAUCUAGACAGUUUGCAGCACCAAAUGAAGUUUAGGCAGCAAGGUUCAUUUUGGUGUAUAAGCAUUUGAAAAACUAAAGGGAUACUGACGGUGAAUAUUUAGACCUCACCACACUUAUGGUGGUAGGAGCCUUUUGGUGCGUCGUUCUCAUAGGGAUUCCUUUCUGGUGGAAGACGACCGAGGUUUACCGUGCCGAUUUGCCCAUGGCUGAAAUUGAGUCGUGGCAAUCCUCCAAUACUCGUCGUUUUGUCAUACCCACUACUAUGCACAUUCAUUUACCCGCUACUCUGGAACACACUGACCAUCACUUACUCGACUCUCUCCAAACCGUCCUGGAACAUCGUUUGACCGAGCUUCAACCAUCGUCCCCAUGUCUCGAUUUCACGGUAUCCGUUAGAACCGCCUUUUGGCAGAAUCAAGAGAAUGAGGAUGUGUCGCAACUAUUGGAACGACAUAAGGAGGGUCAUAUUGGAGAGUAUCAUGUUUAUAUGACCACCCUAUCGUCGCCAGCAGAUACCGAGAAACACCAUGUUAUCAUUGGAAAUCAACGUACAAGUGUCAUUGAAACAUCCGUGCUGACAAAAGACACGGUGAUCACUACUGUCUUGCAAGUGGUUCCCAAUAUUUUCUUUAAAGAGUUUGACUUGUUGAGCAAAACUGCAUGCGGGGAACAAGACGUGGUCAAGAAUGAUGUAGACAAUAUGCGUCCUUUCAAGUACUCAUCACGAUACCAAAUCACGUUUAGCUUGAUGAACAAUAAUCCCACUGGAACCAUUGUCGAUUGGGAUAUUCGUCGUGCCGUCAAUAAUUAUCUUUAUCCUUUCCUCAACGAACUAUCAUGUCUGUACAACUUUACGGUGGAUUCUCAAAUUCAAAAUUAUGCGUCGCUCACCAUGACUCCCAAGUACAAGCAACGACAGGAUAAACCAAGUUAUUAUUACUUUGAACCCCAACAACUUCCUCAUUUUGUCAAUUCAGCAGAAUGGAAUCUAGCAUCUACCAUUUCAUCGUACCCGACCGUCAACUUUAUUCUGUAUAUUCCAUCCACUGAAGAAUCGCCACUUCGUAUUCACGAUGCACAAGGAAACCCACUGUUGAGCAAUGCGUUUCUGAUUCCUCGAUGGGGUGGUAUCGCUAUCAAAAAUGUACCAAGCUCCGCGCAACAUGGCGACCAUUAUCAACUAGCACUCAAAGACUUGCAGCCCAUUAUGAAAGUAUUCAUUGCGCAGUUACGAGGGUUGAUGGGCAUUCAGGAAUUGAAAGCAGGCACGGAUGACAUGAAUGUCAGUUUCAUUCCCGCUCGGCAAAGUGGCGUCACGAUUUUGGAAAAGGAUAAUUUGAUUCGCAAAAGAACGAUUGAAAAUGUAGUGAAUGCCAUUUCUACAUUAAAGUCGUUGGCGCAGCUUGUGAAUGAAAUUCCUAAUAUGGUGGUGUUGGAUCAUAUUGAUCUCCAGGUACGGCAAUCGUUGCACGCAUUAAAUCGCGUGGGAGAAGCACUCCGUCUGGGUGAUUAUGCAAAAGCGCUCCGAGAAUCCAUUGAAGCGGUUGAACUCUCGGAAAAAUCAUUUUUCGAUCCUACCAUGGUCUCGAUGCUUUAUUUCCCGGACGAACACAAAUACGCUAUUUACAUGCCGCUCUUUGUCCCUGUCUCGGUUCCCCUCAUCAUGGCCCUCAUCAAACAAGUUAAAAAAUUGCGUGGCUCACCCAAAGCCAAAACCGAAUAGACUGCAUCAUUUAUGUCGACAAUAAAAACUGCUUUGUUGGUGUG